UCUUCAUUUAAACCAGGGUAUAUGGUGGCCUGUAGUUUGUAAAUCCAUAUCUUCAUUUAAACCAGGGUACUUAGUGGCCUGUAGUUUGUAAAUCCAAAAACGUUCCCUUUGGUUUAACUGUUGAAGACGGUCCCCUUUUUCUAAUAGAGGCCGGAAUAUGAUCAAUACCCAUAGCUUGUAGGGAGGCAGGGUUGCCAUGGUGUAGGGACUUGUAGUGCCUUGCCAUGGGGUAGUCAUUGCCUACCAGUAUGGCGUACUUGUGUUCCGCUAAGCGGUCUUGAAGGCGUCUCUUUGUCCGUCCAAUGUAGAACACCUUGCACUGUGGACAUUCCAAUCUAUAGAUGACAUGAGUGGUUUUUCAGUUAAUGAAAUGCUUGACUUAAUACUCCAUUUUGGAAGCUGUGUCAACAAAAUACUUCUGUGCAAUAUUACUGCAAUGGCUACAUUUAAAAGAGCCCUUGGGUUUGUCGUUGAGACAAGUUUUUUUUUUUUUGUCACCCGGAAGAUAACUGACUAAUUUGUCAUUUUAGGGUAGGACAUCUCUCAAAGCUAAUGACUCGUGGCUCAGGAAAGACUUGGCGUAGUAGCGUAUCACUUUGGAUGAUCCUUUUAAUGUUCUCUGCUUCAAUUCUGUAUUUUGUAACAAAAUACACUCUCCGAUGUAUCACGAGGCAUUCCUCUUCGCAACAAUUUCUCUGUCAAGUAAUCCAGCCCUUAUACCUGCAUCUUUCAGGACCUGAACGCUGUAGCCCCGAUUCAAGAACUGAUUCAGCAGAUUUGACACUAGUCUGUUUCCUGAUCGCAAAUUCUGCGGACUCUUUGAAUUGGCCAUAUGGAAUAUUCUCUUUUAGCCUUUUUGGGUGAAAGCUGUCUGCCCUCCAGAAUGGUAUUCCCAUCUGUAGGCUUCCUAAAGAUGUGUGCAACAACCUUGGUCAUUUUUACUAAUGUCGAGGUCCCAGAAAUUAAUUUUAUCCUUGCUGUACUCCAUAGUUAGUUUGAUGUUAGGGUUAAUGCUGUGAAGGUAUUGGUGGAAGGAAAUAAGGUAAUCUUCUGAGCCGGACCAAAACAGGCAAACAUCAUCAAUAUAGCGUCCCCACCAUAUAAUCCGGUCAAAGAAAUGGUUAUCAGAAGGAUCCAAAAGUAAGUCAUUUUCCCAAGUACAAACCAGUGUAGGAAGGGCUGUAGCGCCCAUGGCACACCCUUUGACCUGUUUAAUACGGUCCUGAAAGAUAAAGAUGUUAUGAUGAAGAGUCCAUUCAGUCAGUGAGACAAUGAAUUCUGUAGGAGGCAUGUCAGUUUCAGGUCGGGUACUCAAGAACUGGUGCAUAGCUGCCAAACAUUGUUCAUGUUCAAUGGUGGUGUGUAGAGACUCCACAUCCAUGGUGACUAAAAAGGAAGCUGUACCUAUAUUGUUCAAUUCCUUCAUUUUGUUCAACACAUCUGUGGUAUCUUGAAGACAGGCUGGGAGUGAUGUCAGAACAGGCUUAAUAAAGUAAUCAAUGUACUUAGAGAUGGGUUCUGUCAGACUUUCAUUACCACUGAUGACUGGUCUGCUGGGGGUUUUCAAGAUGUUUGUGGACCUUUGGAAGAAGGUAAAAGAAGCCAUAAGCAGACUGCCAUUAACUACAUUUGAACUCUGUCUGAAAUGUAGCCCUUCUCCUUAGCUUCUGUGAGGAUCCCUUUCAGUUCAGUAUUUAGGUCCUCUGUAGGGUUGAAGGUAAGAGAUUGGUAGAAUUCGUUGUCUAAUUGACGGUAGGCUUCUGUCACAUUUGUCUUUACUCCACACUACUGUAGCACCACCUUUUGUCUGCUUUUUUAACCACAAUCUGUUCAUUUUUGGACAAUGAUUCAACUGCAUCCCUCUGUCUUAGAAAGAUUAUGUUGUGUUUGGUUGGAGUCAAUUUGACCCUUAAACAGAUUCUCCACAUCAAAAUGUAAUACAUUUCAACUCUAUCUGACAUGGUACAGGUGUCUUCUUUUUUAAGCCCAUACCCAUAUGUGUGAGGUGUGUACUUUUGUUUCAAAGUAGAUUUGUUCAAGACUACCAAUAAUCACUGUGUGACCCUGAUUUAGACCACUGCAGUAGGUUUUAAACUCAUCAACAAAACAACAUACUGACUUUUAAGAGCUGUUCUUGUAAACUCCUACCAACAUAAGGGUGUGUAACUGUCUGUAAGUAAACAUGUGCAUGUGUCUGUUGGCUCUUGUAAGAGCUGGUUUAGUAGGAUCAUUGCCAGACCACAAACCAUUCCUACAGACACACUGCAUUGUGGGAUUGUCAGACAGCAGCUGAUAAUCCUGUGGUGUCUGACGGCACCCACGUUUGUAUGUGCAUUUGUGUGUGAUAGACGCAUGUUAAUGAUGGCGGACAGGCACUAGGCAUGUGUGUGUGACAGAUAAAACAUGAAAGUGAGUGACGUCAGGCACACAGGCUCUAUGUUGGAAGGAAACAUAUGGCCUGGUCUGAUAGGCCAGGGGAGGGACAGUAGGGGACCAGAGCAACUCAUGCUCUGCCAAAGAGGCUCAGCUAAGGGUAGCCCAAAUAAACCAGGAGUGACAAACAACUGGCUUGAAAGGGGUAUGUACUCUGCUCUGUCUGUAAGUCCCACACAUCUUGCAGAUUCAGCCCAGUGAAAGACUCGGAGUCAGGGUUCCAGGAAAAUCUACUCUUUGCACCUGAAAAGAUCCAGACACAGCCAUGGCCAGAGUAUUGGGAAUGCUGCUCCUCCUGUCAGCUUUCUGCUACUCCCUAGCGGACAAAGUUGAGCUUCGUCACACCAAAAGAGGGACAAGAAACCAUAAAGAGCGGUGUGUGGAUGGCCAGUCGGCUGUGGUGCGUGGUUUUGGGGACACGUGGUUGAGAUGGAGGGGCCAGCUUGUGGAGCGCUGCACCUGUGCAUCACGAGGACGACAGCGCUGUCACUAUGUGCCAGUCAUCACCUGCUAUCCGUCAAGGUGCUACAACGGGGGAACCUGUAAGGAGAUGGUCUACUCCUCUGACUUCCUGUGUCAGUGUCCACCAGGCUUCACUGGGGCUCAGUGUGAGAUCAACACUACUGAGAAGUGUGUGGUGGGCCAGGGUAAAGGGUACCGUGGUACAUGGAGUAUCAGUCGAACCGGCUCAGAAUGUAUCAACUGGAACUCCACAGCCCUCAGAGGGAGGACGUUCACAGCGAAGAGACCAGAGGCGAACAGCCUGGGGCUGGGCAAUCACAACUACUGCAGGAAUCCAAGCGAUGAUACUAAGCCAUGGUGUCAUGUCUACAAGGGAACCCAGAUAGCCUGGGAGUUCUGUACUCUCUCCAGCUGCCCUGCAGACCAGAGCCCAGCGGAGUGUGUGCAGGGCUCGGGGCAGACGUACAGGGGGACGACUGCCAUCACUAAAAGGGGCUACAGCUGUCUUGCCUGGGACUCACCCCUCAUCACUCACAAGUUCUACAACGCAUGGAGGUCUGAGGCCAGAGAGCUGGGGCUGGGAAGUCACAACUUCUGCAGGAACCCAGACGGUGAUCUCGGCCCCUGGUGUCACGUCUACAGAAACAUGAAGCUGACCUGGGAGCUCUGUAACAUCACCAAAUGCAGGAGGAGACCUACUACCAUCACUACUCUAGGCCCCAGGGCUCCCACCACCACCACCAACAGAGGUACCUGUGGACAGCGUGCUGACAAUCUCAGUCACCCCUCCUUCCGUAUCCUGGGGGGGGCCCGGCAGAGUGACAUCACAGAGCAGCCAUGGCAGGCAGCCAUCAACGUGUUCCGGUCCACAUACAAAGCACACUUCUUCCUGUGUGGAGGGGUCCUCAUAGACUCCUGUUGGGUCCUCUCUGCUGCACACUGCUUCGACGAGAGGUUUAAACCAGAGCAUCUGCAAGUGGUUCUGGGUCAGACGUUUCGUAAGAACUCCUCCAGCAGUGACCAGAUCUUUGAGGUGGAGAAGUACUGGAUCCACGAGAAAUACAAUGAGGAAACCUUUGACAACGACAUCGUCUUGCUGAAGUUGAAGAGUGAUAUUGGCCUGUGUGCUGUGAACUCCCCGGAGGUCUUGCCCGCCUGUCUGCCUGACCCAGGCCUGGUACUGCCUGACUGGACCGAGUGUGAGAUCUCUGGCUACGGCAAAGAGAAGGAGUUUAAUGCGAUGUACUCUGAGCGGGUGAAGAGGGGUCACGUGAGGUUGUGGCCUCAGGACCGUUGUGUCCCUAAUGUCUUAUCUGGCCGUCUGGUCACCUCCAACAUGCUGUGUGCCGGGGACACCCAGGGUCUGGAUGACGCCUGCAAGGGUGACUCUGGUGGUCCUCUCGUCUGUCCCAAGGAUGGGAAGAUGACUCUGAUGGGGCUGAUCAGCUGGGGUGAUGGCUGUGGGAAGAAAGACACACCCGGGGUGUACACACGUGUUACACAAUACACUGACUGGAUCAGCAGCAAGAAACAGGAAACUAGCCAGUAAACACACACACACACACACACACACACAGUACACACACACACACACAGUACACACACACACAGUACAUACACCUGGAGAGAACUUGUGAGAAUUCAUCUGACUCCUGUCCAUCAAUCACAAUGCCUUAACCGAGGAAGGGACAACCACUCAAUGCACAAGAGGAACCUCCAGUACUCCUAUGCAUUGUUUAACUCUUGGGCUGAAAGGGAGAAUGCAGUAAGGUCAGAAGAAACUCCGAACACUACACCUCCAAAGAGAAUGGACUGUUACUCAGUCCAGCUCUGUACCUUCCAGCUGAUUCCUGUUCUACCCAGAGCUACAUGUAAAGUAUAUAUUUAGGAAUAUGGCUCUGCUUCCACCAUUCCAUAUGCAGCUGAUAGAAUGUUGGACAUUUACUUUGCACAUAAGGUUCCAUAGGAAUGUAUAUAGCCACUCCAAUUAACAUUUCCCAGUUCAUUUAGAGUUCAUUUUACAUGGGUGGCCUGCUGUUUGAAUUGAAUUUUGCAAUGUUACCCUCCUACCCCACUAUAGCACUAACCACAAAACAAUCUGCUGGAUCAGAGUCAAAGACAGCCGCUACAACUGGAAACUCAACCCAAUCCCUCUAUUUGUUGACUCCCUCAGCCCCUAAGUUCUCAAUAGGCGUAAGAAAUACGGGAGGAAAAGCCCACCUUCCAGAUGCUUGAAAGGCAUGAAUUAAGGCGUUGAGUUGUCAGAUUGGAAUAUAGCUAAAGCCUGAACACAGCCACCAUUAUCUGUCUCCAUUCUAUAAGCGUUGGGUUGAGCCCAGCGAUCAGCAUAUCCAGUCUUUUAAAGUGGGAUUUAUGUUAAAUGACUGGGAGGUGUUUGUAUCUAACGAAAGCUCUUUCACUGCAAAGCUCUUGGACUCCACCUCCCUAACACAGUACAGUAUUUGUUCACGUUUGAGUGAGUGUUCAUAUUAUUUAUUAUCUCAAAUAUAUACCCUCUCGGACAGUAAUGUUUUAAUAUUUGUAUUUUACAUGUGUGUAUUAAGUUAAUAUUUAUGUCUAUUCCUGUUUUUUUUCUACUGUAAUAGUUUAUGCAGUUUUGUUAGUAGUUCAAUGUGUAGAGUUCUGAAAGUUGUUUGUUUCAUUUUUGGGGCUGUCAUAACCUUUUUCUGAGACUUACACCCAUCUUUUUAAAUAAAGAACAUUUAAAUAACA